GGAGAGGGGGGCUUUACACAAUGAAGUGCAUGCUUUUCACGUGAAAUGCCCCUUUAAAAGCGGGCUCCCUUCUGUCAUACUAAGGCACAUCGUAACCGAACGGAUAGAGAGUAGUGAAAAGUCUCAGACAGCUGCACUUUGUUGUGUCAAAUCGGCUCCAGGAUGGUCUCGUCUUACCCUUUACCGGAGGGCUUCUCGGACUUUGAUGUUUUCUCCCUGGGAUCUUGUCUGCUGGUGGAGGGUAUGCUGGGCUUCUUUUUAAAUGCGGUGACAAUCGUCGCUUUCCUAAAAGUGAGAGAGCUGAGGACCCCCAGCAAUUUCCUAGUAUUCAGCUUGGCGAUGGCUGAUAUGGGCAUCUCGAUGAACGCCACCAUCGCCGCUUUCUCCAGCUUCCUGAGGUACUGGCCUUAUGGCUCUGAAGGAUGCCAGACUCACGGUUUCCAUGGUUUUGUGACAGCUCUCGCCAGCAUCCACUUUAUAGCCGCCGUUGCCUGGGACAGAUACCACCAGUACUGCACCAGGACAAAGCUGCAGUGGAGCAGCGCCAUUACUCUGGCUAUAUUUGUCUGGCUCUUCAGCGCCUUCUGGUCUGCCAUGCCCCUCUUUGGCUGGGGAGAGUACGACUACGAGCCCCUCCGGACCUGCUGUACUCUGGACUACAGCAAGGGAGACAGAAACUAUGUGUCCUACUUGAUCCCCAUGGCCACCUUCAACAUGGCCAUCCAAACGUUUGUUGUCAUGUCCUCUUACCAGUCCAUUGCACAGAAAUUUAACAAGACUGGAAACCCCAGAUUCAACCCCAACACUCCUCUUAAGACUUUGCUGUUCUGCUGGGGUCCAUAUGGCAUCCUGGCUUUCUACGCCGCUGUGGAGAAUGCCAACCUGGUCUCCCCCAAACUCCGGAUGAUGGCUCCUAUCCUGGCUAAGACCUCUCCCACCUUCAAUUUCUUCCUGUACGCUUUGGGAAAUGAGAACUACAGAGGAGGCAUCUGGCAGCUUCUCACCGGGGAAAAGAUUAAUGUGUCUCAAAUUGAGAACAAGUCUAAAUAAACAAAGCAUGCAAUACUUACGCACA